GCCCUCCUGGGGGCUGUUUCCCAGCAGGACCAGGCGGUCAAGCGGAGAAGUCGACUCCAGCGAAGGCAGAGCUUUGCGGUGCUCCGUGGGGCUGUCCUGGGACUGCAGGAUGGAGGGGAUACCGGCGAGGCAGUGGACACCAGCCCUGAGCCAGCAGAGGAAUCCCCGGGUGAGGAGCAAACCCACGGGGACCAGACGGACGACGGGGGACAGGGGCCCCAGAGUCCCCGGAAGCAGGAGCAGCAGAAGCGUCUGCACCUCAUGGUGGGGUUGCUGAGGCCACAGGAUGAUAUCCGCCUGGCAGCCCAGCUGGAGGCAGCCCGGCCUCCCCGGCUCCGCUACCUGCUGGUGGUUUCCACGAGAGAACAUCAGAGCCAAGAUGAGACCGUCCUCCUGGGGGUGGACUUCCCUGAUGGCAGCUCCCCCAGCUGCACCCUGGGCCUGGUCCUGUCCCUCUGGAGCGACACCCAGGUGUACUUAGAUGGAGAUGGGGGCUUCAGCGUGACGUCUGGUGGCCAGAGCCGAAUCUUCAAGCCCAUCUCUGUCCAGACCAUGUGGGCCACGCUCCAGGUGUUGCACCAGGCCUGUGAGGCGGCUCUCGGCAGCGGCCUCGUGCCAGGUGGCAGUGCCCUCACCUGGGCCGGCCACUACCAGGAGAGACUGAACUCGGACCAGAGCUGUGUCAACGAGUGGAUGGCCAUGGCCGACCUGGAGUCGCUGCGACCUCCCAGCGCCGAGCCUGGCCGGCCCUCGGAACAGGAGCAGAUGGAGCAGGCCAUCCGGGCUGAGCUGUGGGACUUGCUGGACGCCAGCGACCUCGAGAGCAUCACUUCCAAAGAGAUCCGCCAGGCCCUGGAGCUGCGCCUGGGCUGCCCCCUCCGGCAGUACCGUGACUUCAUCGACAACCAGACGCUGCUGCUCAUGGCCCAGCAGGACCGGGCCUCCCGCAUCUUCCCCCACCUCUACCUGGGCUCCGAGUGGAACGCGGCCAACCUGGAGGAGCUGCAGAGGAACGGGGUCACCCACAUUUUGAACAUGGCCCGGGAGAUCGACAACUUCUACCCCGAGCGCUUCACCUACCACAACGUGCGUCUCUGGGACGAGGAGUCGGCCCAGCUGCUGCCCUACUGGAAAGAGACACAUUGCUUCAUCGAGGCUGCGAGAGCGCAGGGCACCCGGGUGCUGGUCCACUGCAAGAUGGGCGUCAGCCGCUCGGCGGCCACGGUGCUGGCCUACGCCAUGAAGCAGUAUGGCUGGAGCCUGGAGCAAGCGCUGCACCACGUGCAGGAACUCCGGCCCGUCGCCCGCCCCAACCCUGGCUUCCUGCGCCAGCUGCAAACCUACCAGGGCAUCCUGACUGCCAGCCGCCAGAGCCACGUCUGGGAGCAGAAAGCGGGGAGGGUCUCCCCGGAGGAGCCCCCGGCCCCUGAAGUCUCUCCAUCGUUCCUACCUCUUCCACCAGAACCAGGGGGUGGUGGGGAGGUGAAGGUCACCGGCUCGGAGGAGAGCCAGGUGGCCCCGAAGGCAAAGCCUGGGCCGCGGCCGCGCAUCAACCUCCGAGGGGUCAUGCGCUCCAUCAGUCUCCUGGAGCCCUCCCUGGAGCCAGAGGGCACCUCAGCGGCUGGUGACCUGCCAGAGGUGUUCUCAUCCCAUGAGUCUUCAGACGAAGAAUCGCCACGGCCCUGCCCCCUGCUCUCGAGGGCCAAGGGAGGCCAGCAGGCGGGCAAGGGGCCUUGGCCUGCCCUGAAGCCCCACCAGGCUGUGGUUGCCCUCCAGGGCGCUGCCCUGGUGGCCAGCCGGACCGGGGACUUCGAGAAGCAGGAAGAUGGGCGGGGAGAAGCUGGCAUUUCCUCCACACCCCGGAUCCGGAAGGUGGUGAGGCAGGCCAGCAUGGAUGACAGCGGACAGGAGGGCGAGGCCUGA